CGCUUCGCCAGUGUGGGAAUGUGGCGGCAAUCCCCGCAAGGAGCCCAAAGCUCGGGGCUCUGACGGGCACAUGUUUCGCGCCGCCGGCUCCUUCCGCUUCUCCCGCCGCCUCGCCCGGGAGCUGCGAAGAAGGAACCGCGGCAUGAAGGAGAAGGAGACGAGGGCGGGCGCGGUGGCAGCCCCACCAACAGCCGCGCUAACAGCGGCGGCAAGGCACCGCGUUGCCCGCUCUGGUCGAGCGUGUUGAGGCGCUCCGGAAGGGACACUUGCUGAUUCUAGAUCUUGAGAGCCACUGAUGUGAAUUCAUUGGUGUCACCAUGACUGAAGCCCUUAUUUCGGUUGUCCUGAAUUUGACUGAAACCCAUGCACUGGCUAGCAAUGUGACCAGCAAUGCCACUAGCAAGUGUUCCUUGACCAAAACCGGUUUUCAAUUCUAUUACUUGCCAGCUGUCUACAUUGUAGUCUUCAUCACUGGAUUCCUAGGCAACAGCGUGGCCAUCUGGAUGUUUGUCUUCCACAUGAGGCCAUGGAGUGGCAUCUCUGUUUACAUGUUCAACUUGGCCCUCGCAGACUUCUUGUAUGUCCUGACGCUCCCUGCCCUAAUAUUCUACUACUUCAAUCAAACGGACUGGAUCUUUGGAGACUUCAUGUGCAAGCUGCAGAGAUUUAUCUUUCAUGUCAACCUAUAUGGAAGCAUCUUAUUCCUCACAUGCAUCAGUGUGCACAGAUACACUGGUGUGGUGCAUCCUUUGAAAUCAUUAGGGAGACUGAAAAAAAAGAAUGCUGUUUACAUCAGCACCCUGGUCUGGUUUGUCGUGGUAGUGGGAAUUUCUCCCAUCUUCUUUUACUCUGGGACUGAAGAAAGGAAAAUCAAAACCAUGGCCUGCUAUGAUACAACAGUAGACGAUUACCUGCGUAGCUAUUUUAUUUACAGCAUGUGCACCACUGUCUUCUUGUUUUGCAUCCCGUUCAUUCUGAUCCUUGGUUGCUAUGGAUUAAUCGUGAAAGCACUGAUUUACAAAGAUUUAGACAAUUCCCCGCUUAGGAGGAAAUCCAUUUAUUUGGUUAUUAUAGUGUUGGCAGUAUUUGCUGUGUCUUAUCUUCCUUUCCACGUGAUGAAAAACUUGAAUCUACGCGCCAGGCUGGAUUUUCAGACUCCGGAAAUGUGUGCGUUUAACAACAGGGUUUAUGCUACCUACCAAGUAACUCGAGGCCUAGCGAGUCUCAACAGCUGCGUGGAUCCUAUUUUAUAUUUUUUGGCUGGAGAUACUUUUCGGAGAAAGCUCUCCAGGGCAACUCGGAAAGCCUCAAGACGGAGUGAGCUCAAUGUGCAAUCCAAAAGUGAGGAUAUGACUCUGAGUAUUUUAUCUGAGUGCAAACAAAAUGGAGACACAAGCUUAUGAAUGGUUCCUGCCUUUCCCUUCCUUUCCCUGCUUUUUCCUUCUUCGCAAACACUCUAUUCUUUGCCAUCCUAACGUUUAAUUCUUACAAUACUGAUUUUGUGCAUUAAAAAAGCCCAACCAUAACCAGUGAAAAACAUGUGUGCAUAUGUUUGUUUGUGUGUGUGUAUGUGUGUUAAACCAUCUUCUAGUUGCCUAAAAGACUUUGAGGAAACUAAGUGAAAUUUGAAUACUUUUAAAGGAGAAAAUGAGAAAAGUGUCUGAAAUAGUAAUUUAAUGGUGGCAUGUACAAUUUAAAGAGAGAAUGCAUUAGGAGUCUUUUUCCCUAUAUACAACCACAUCCUUGACUUAAAAAACCUGGGAAAUCAAAUAGUUGGGUAAGAUCCAACUCUACUCUUCUAUCUCUGAAUUUCUUCCUUGUUCAUUGCCUGUGGUGAUAGGAAGGGAAGGAUGAUCUAUGAAUGCCAGCCCAUUAUGGGCUAAUGCAAAAUCCUCAAGAAUAUUAUAGCUUAUUACAUUCAUUUAAAAGGACAAAAGCCCUUCCAGGAAUGCCAAGCAAUUGGC